AUGGUCAACCUGAUUGAAGCCGCGGGGAGCGGCAAGAUUGAGCGAGUCCGGAAGCUGCUCAAUCAGAACGCCAAGAUCGAGGCCCAAGACGAGGAGGGGUACACUGCGCUGGCCAGAGCAGCAAACGGACAGCUGCGUACUGCCACGCUGCUCUUGGAGAAGGGCGCCAACGUGAAUGGAGGCAAAUUCCCGCCUCUGCUUGAGGCUGCCGCCGAGGGCCACCUGGAGAUCGCCAAGCUUCUCAUCAGCAAGGGAGCCGACGUCAAUCGCUGCGAGGAAGACGCUGACGAAGAGAUCAGCCCGAUCACCGCGGCAGUGAGCAACGGCCAUCUUGACAUUGUCCGACUUUUGCUGGACAACGGCGCCGAUCCCGAAGCCGCUGGUGAAGAUGAACAGACACUGCUGCACACUGCUGCCGAAGACGGCGACAUGACACUUGCUGAGCUGCUCUUGGAGAAGGGCGCCAGCCUGGCAGCCCUGGACUCCGAGGGCAACACUCCUCUUGCCUUGGCCGCCAAGACAGGCAGCGUCGAGCUAGUCAACCUUCUUCUGAGCAAGGGAGCCGACGAAGAGGCCCGUGAGCGGAGAGCGUGGUCGCCCCUCCAUUCCGCUGCCGAGGAGGGCCACCUUGACAUUGUCAAGAUCCUGGUCGAGCGCGGGUGGGAUCCUGACGGCACCGUCAACGAUGAAGCCACUCCUCUCAACACCGCCAUUUUGGCCGGGGAAUACGCCGUCGUCAAGUAUCUGAUUGAAAAGGGCGCCGACAUUGAAGCCACAUCCGAAGGCCACCCACCACUGCAUUAUGCAGCCAAAGAAAAUGACGUCCGCAUCACCAAGUUUCUUCUCGAGCACGGUGCGGAUAUCGAGACGACCGACAACGCUGGAAGUACCGCCCUUCAUUGUGCCGUCGAAGACGAUGCGAUCAAGACUGCCAGGUAUCUACUCAAGAAAGGGGCCAACAUCUCAGCCAGAGACGGCGAUGGACGUGGCCCUCUUCAUCUCGCGGCAGUUGAGGGAUCCACCAGCGUUGCCAAGGUUCUAAUCAGAGCCGGCGCAGACAUUGAGGAGGUUGAUGGGACGGAGUGGACGCCGCUCGGACAUGCUGCUGAUGCUGGGAACCUCGACAUUGUUAAGCUUCUUAUCCAGAACGGUGCCGACAUCGAAGGGCGCUCGGGGGAAGGCUGGACGGCCUUGACCGCGGCGGCGUCGUCCGGGUACAUCGAAGUCGUUCACUACCUUCUUGAGCACGGCGCGGAUAUUGAGUCGGCGACUGAUGAGAACUUUACCUCGUUGGCCCAGGCGGCUCAUGCAGGCUUUGUUACCAUCGGCAAGAUGUUGGUGGACCGAGGUGCCAACGUCGAGGCCGCCUCCAAGGAUGGAACUACCGCUCUCCAUCUGUCAGCUGAGAAUGGCUACUUCAACUUGACAAAGAUUCUUGUAGAGAACGGCGCCAAAAUUGACGCCAGGGAUAGUCAGGGCAUGACACCUCUGCACUUCGCUGCCGAGAACGGUCGAUUGAAGACGGUCAAGCUCCUGCUCGCCAAGGGUGCUGAACUGGAUGCUGCUACCAAGGAUGGAUACAGCCCUCUCUCGUCUGCUGCCGAAAACGGGCGUCUCAAGACAACCACAUUCCUCCUAGAGCAAGGAGCGAAGCUCACUGCCGUCUCGACGAAUAAUAAAGUUACUCCUCUGCAGUGUGCUGCUCGUUCCGGCGAGGUAGAGGUUGUCCGGUAUCUUGUCUCCAAGGGAGCUGAUGUCAAUCUCCCCGGCGAAUUCGACAUGACACCUCUGCACGAAGCUGCAGACUAUGACAAUUUCGAAGUCCUCACAUAUCUCCUCGAGAAGAAUGCGAACCCUGAUAUCCCCAGCACAUCUGGAGCUACAGCUCUGUGUGCUGCGGCUCUCAGCGGAAGCAUUGAAAUUGCGAGAGUGCUUCGCCGGCGACUGGGUGCCCAACCCCUCCCAUUUGACAACUAUAACCGCUCCCCUCUCUUCUUUGCUGCCUCUCGUGGACACCUCGGAAUGGUUAAGAUGUUCUUGAAGGGCAACCACAAAUUGCUUCGGUCCAAGGAUGCCUACGGAUCGACGGCCGUGUGCUCGGCGAUGAGAAACGGUCAUGAAGAAGUUGUCCAGUACCUCCUCCCCUACUUCAUGCCGUCCAUGAACUCGCCAGACUUCCUCGGUAAGACAUUCAAGUGGUGGCUCACCGAGGUGGGAACGCCCGGCAUGCGCAAGCUGUACAAGCAGGCGCGGGCUGGUGCCAAUAAGAUCCGAACACGCGGCGAGCGUGACCAGGAUGAUGAGGAUGAGUAUGAAGAUAACAUCUGGCGAUACUGCGACGUCUGCAUGGCCACUCUCUCGGAAAGGGACCCCUACUUUAGCUGCGACAUCUGUGACGGUGGGAGCUUUGUCAUGUGUUCAAGCUGCACCAAGUACGAGGCUCAUUGCAAGGUGGCGUCGCACAAGAUGCUGUCCAAGCAACCAGUUGGCGAGGAUGAGGACGAUGAGGAAGAGGAGGGCGAGGCCCCGGCGGGGGGGAAGAAGAAGAAGCGUGGUACCGGAAGAAGAGAAGAGGAGGAGGAGCGCAAGCGAAAGAAUAAGACUUCCUCCAAGGCACGCCGUCAGGCGCCUAGAUUCUUUCCUCCUCCCAACACCGAAACACCUAACGAGCCCACCGGAUCCCAAGACCAGCUCGCAGGAUCCGAGAACCAAAUCGAAGCAACACCCAGCCAGGCUCAAGUUGCAUCAAUCCAGUUCGGAGACCCCCCAAGCCCCAUCAGAGUCAAGAUGCCUCCCGCCCAGCCUCCCGCUGCAUUCCCAUCCGCCCAGUUCGGAGGAUCCCACGCAACACCGUCCUCAAGCAGCCAGGUUGCCCCAACCCAAGACGAAGCCGCAGCCCUCAAGGCCGAGCGGGACCGCCUCAACCUCAGAAUGAAGGACAACGCGUGGAACCGCGCCCUCCUCUCCACCCAGAUCAAGCAGACGCAGCGCGACAUCAUGCGUACCAAGCUCCUCGGCGAGUACGAUAUUUCAGAGCGCACCGGCGACUUGCUCUCCGAGUUCAUUCUCAAGCUGCACAAGCGGGACCAGGAACUGAUCCAGCUGGAGGCUGAGCAGAAGAUCCUCGUGGCGAAGGAGGAGAAAGCCAAGAAGACGACGCCCAGAGAAGAAGAACAAAUCUCACCCAACUCCCGCAAUGAGCAGGGCAACACCCCCCUCCACCUCGCAGCGAUGAAAGGACUCAGAGCCGCCGCAGCCCUCGAGAUAGAAAAGGGCGCCGACAUCGAUGCGACCAACAAGGACGGCGAUACCCCCCUGCACCUCGCAGCGCGGGGCCAGCGCGGAAAAGUCGCAUCCCUCCUGGUCCGGUCUGGCGCCCGCACCGACAUCAGCAACAACGACGGGGGCACGCCCCUCCACCUGGUAGCCGCGACGGGGCAAGUCGGCAUCGCCGUUCUGCUGCUGGCGGAAGAAGAUGAGGACGGGUUUGGGGUCGCGAGGACGAAUAAUCGGGGGGACACGCCGCUGCAUGUCGCUGCGCGGGCGGUGCAGGAUCACAUGUAUACUUUCCUGCUGAGCAGGGGCAGCAGGUGGGAUGUGAGGAAUGGGGAUGGGGAGACUCCGAGGGGGCUCUAUGGGUUUUGA